AUGCCUCCGAAGCCAGUAGGACAAGCGCCACCUUUUUGGCAAGGCGUUAAGGCCAUUAUCCUCGGGUCCUGGCUGAAUGUUCUACUUGUCUUCAUCCCCAUCUCGUGGGCAUGUCACUUCGCACUGUCAAAGAGUAACGAGCACGACACUCUCAUCUUUGUCUUCUCGUUCCUUGCAAUCAUCCCUUUGGCUAAGUUGCUUGCAUUUGCGACCGACGAGCUGUCUAUGCGUGUGGGACAGACUCUCGCAGGGCUUCUCAAUGCCACACUGGGUAACGCCGUCGAGCUGAUUGUGGCUAUCAUCGCGCUCGUCCAAUGUCAGCUGCAAGUUGUCCAAGCGUCCCUUAUCGGCUCUAUCUUGAGUAACCUGCUGCUCGUCCUCGGAAUGUGUUUCUUCGCGGGCGGUACAAGGUUCUCAGAGCAGGGCUUCGGUGAAGAUUACUCACGUCCACCGCUCCCGCUCCGUGCCACCCGCAACCACACCCGAUCCGUUCGUCGCACUGUGGUACUGGCUGCACGGGUACAUUCUGCAGGUGUCGUGCAGCUCAAUUCCUCACUGCUGAUAAUUUCCGUCAUCGCUGUCCUCCUCCCGGCUGCUUUCCACACAGCUGCCGGCGCUCAAAUCCCGGAUGGUCCGGAGGCGAAGGACAUUCUGGCAGUCAGCCACGGGGCGGCUAUCAUCCUUCUCUUCAUUUAUGGGUCGUACUUGGUCUUCCAGCUGUUCUCGCACAAGGAUCUCUAUGAUGACAAAAACCCGGACAUCUUCAAGUCUACUAAGUACCAGAAGAGGAACCGCAAUGCUGCCGCUAACGGCGACUCUACUUCCGCUGAUGGGUCCUCAGUGCCCUUGAACCGCAUUACUAGUGGUAGUCUCGCGGGUUCCCCCCCGUCCAGUCCUUCCACUGGCCACCAAGAGCUUCCCCGGAACGGAGACCCUGAGAGUGACCCUGCUUCUCAACCUACUUCAGAGGGAGAGGAGGAGGAGACCCCUCAGAUGAGCGUUCUGCUUACGAUUGCUCUGCUCACCGUGGUGACUGUGGUCGUUGCGGUGACCGCCGAGUUCCUCGUUGAUUCCAUCAAUGGUCUGACCGCAAGUGGGCACAUCAGCAAGACGUUCGUUGGGCUCAUUCUGCUCCCUAUCGUUGGUAACGCCGCAGAACACGUAACGGCUGUCACUGUGUCCGUGAAGGACAAGCUCACGCUGUCUCUCGGUGUCGCGGUUGGUUCGAGUAUUCAAAUUGCGCUAUUCGUUAUCCCGUUCAUUGUCACCCUCGGCUGGAUCCUCGGCAAGCCCAUGAGCAUGUUGUUCGACCCAUUCGAGUCCAUCGUCCUGUUCCUGUCCGUGCUUGUGGUGAAUUACGUCGUGCAGGACGGUAAGAGCAACUGGCUAGAAGGAAUGAUCCUCAUGUGUCUGUAUGUCAUCGUCGCCGUCACAUUUUGGUACUACCCUGGAGUCGUGGACCUCGCCCAACUCAACACAUGCUGA